ACUCUAAUAACAAUAUAAAUCCUCGCAUGUUGUCUUGAACGGAAUGACAUUAUCAAAGAGAAAAGAAUUCUAAAAGUAGAUGUCCUUUUUUAUAUUCUUGUCCUGUGUAUGUUUGUGUUACGUUGGUUCCUGACCUUUAUCAACUUGCCGGGUAUGUUCGCUCCACUUGGUUUGAAAUAGAAUUGUUUCCACGCUGUGCUGCUGCGUGUUCUCUAUGCCUCCUCGCUAUCGCCCGUCUGUGUUGAGCAUGAAUGCACCCUAAGCAGUAUAACGUAAGAUCUACUCCACGCAAAGACAUCAGCAGCUUGCACACGAAUGAAUUGGGGGUUACCUGGCCUUCUUUUCUUUCUCGUGGAGAAUAUCUGUUUUACGUACACCCAUUCCAAAAUUACUUGGAGGUUUUGGAGUUGAGGAAUGAUACUGUGUUGGAGCCAUCGUCUCCUAGCUCUGCCAUAAGAGUUUGGAAUAUUCAGACGUUUAGACUGGUUAUAACAGCGAGAUGGUCGAUUUCUGUGAAGGAGAGGCCAUUUGGGACACAGGCCUUACGUGGACGAACAACUCAUGGCCUCAGUUCACAGAAUGUUUCCAGAACAUUGUGCUGCAGACAACACCAUGUGCCUUCCUGUGGCUGAUCACACCGUUUUGCACGUACAGCCUUGCCAGGAAGACCUCAACCCCGAGACCAAUAAAACCACUAUUUGUCAUGAAACUGAUUGGUACGGUUGUACUGUUUUGUUUGUUUAUUUUGGAGCUCGCUCAAGCAAUCGCAGGCUCAAGCCACUUCAAUGAUGAGUACCUGGCGCCUGUGCUGUGGAUGGCCACUCUUCUGCUACACACCGCUUUAAUAUAUCUGGAGAAAUCUUGCAACACUGUGAAAUCCCCUGGCCUCUUUGUGUUCUGGAUUUUAGCCGGUAUCUGCAAUGUGGUCCCUGUAUAUUCAAGCAUUCAACUCAAGACAUACAACAGUGACCCCUCAGCUUUCACCCUGAUACUCAUCAAGUUCAUCGCGAUCACUUUCAUGUUCGUCCUCAAUUGUUUUUCCACGUUUUACGGGGAAAAACCGAAGGGACACAACCCGGAACUGUCUGCUUCCAUGUCAUCCUGGAUCAGUUUCAGCUGGAUUGACCGACUUCUGCUGAAGGGCUUCAAGUCUCCACUCGUGGACGGGGACGUCUUCGAUUUGAACCCUCGAGACAAGAGCACCAAAGAGGUGAACAAGCUUCUUCACCAGUGGCAACAACUUAAGACACGCUCAAACAGGAAACGAGUCAGGAGGCGUCAAUCAGGCAAACCAGUCUCGGACAACGAAAAGACACCCCUCCUUUCUAGCUCCACCUCAUUGUAUGGCGUGGAUAAGCAAGAAAAUGAAGGAAACGCAACUUCAAGCGCUACUCACUCGAGAACUGAAACUCCUGUUGAUGGCCAGGAAACCUCAAAGGUUUCUUUCUUCACCGCCUUGUUCCGGUGUUACUGGUUCGAGGCAGUUGAAGCACAGAUCGGCAUGGUGGUUGUCGCUGUUAUGAACAUCCUCAAUCCUUUCAUUUUAGGGUUCUUAAUUGACUUCACGGCCAAUCUGGGCGAGUUUACAUGGCACGGCUACAUCUACGCAACAGCACUGCUGGCCUCGAAAGUUGUGACUGCUGUCUUCGACUUCCCCUUGCAGUUUCUCACCAACUGUGUGGCCAUCAGGGUGCGGAGUGCUGCUAUAGCCACAGUCUUCAGGAAGGGCUUGGUUAUAUCUUCGUCAUGUUCAUCCUCAACGCGGUUGUCAUGGAGAAGAUGAGACAGUACCAGGAUCAGAUUAUGAUUGUCAAGGACGAGAGAGUUAAACUGAUGUCAGAAGUCCUGAACGGGAUGAAGGUGAUCAAGCUGUACGGCUGGGAGCCAAUGUUUAAGGAAAAGAUUUUGGAAGUGAGAGAAAAAGAACUCAAAAUCUUGUUCAAGUACGCUGUCAUGGACGGAUUCCAGUCUUUUGCUUGGACUGCAUCGUCGUUCUGGUCGAGCGUGGCCUACGUCCCCCAGUCUGCGUGGAUACAGAACAACACCCUGAGAGGAAACAUCCUGUUUGGAAAGAGGUUCGACUCGAGCUUCUACCGCAGCGUGGUCAAAGCCUGUGCCCUGCAGCCUGACCUGGACAUUAUGGCGGCCGGUGACCAGACAGAAAUAGGAGAAAAGACACGCAUCCUUGUGACUCACGGCAUUCACUGGCUCCCGGAUGUGGACUACAUCUACGUCAUGAACCAGGGCCGCAUCUCAGAGGCGGGAACCUACGAGGAGCUCAUCUCUCAUAACGGAGCCUUCGCACAGUUUCUGGCACAGUAUCUGACACAGAACCUCGACAACGAUGGAAAUGAAUCCACAGUGGAUGAGGAGGACGAUAAAGAGAAAGAGAUCAAAGCGGACAUUCUCCGGCGCCUGACCUCAAUAGCGUCCGAUAGUGAGGCACCUGACGACGAACAGAAGGCAACCCUGAUGCGACUCAUCUCUCACGACCCUGAUCACUCACAGCACGAUAUGUCUGCCUCGUACACCAGUGCUCGCAAGAGGAAAGCCAGUACCCGAUCUGGUCACUGGAUGGAGUCCAGCCAAAGGGAGAGGUCAAUGAAGGAUACCAUGACUCCAGACAAAAGCAGGUUAACUACGGAGGAAGCAGCUGAUGGGGGCAAGGUGAAAUGGUCCGUUUACGGGCAGCUCCUGAAAGGCUUCGGUAUCCCUCACUCUGUAGCCAUCCUGUUUAUGAUCGUGUGUUACCAUGUGGCCAACAACUACGCCAACAUUUGGCUCACAAACUGGACGGACGAUUCCCACCUGGGGAACUUCACAGAGCUGCCCGCAAACGGCACAGUGAGAGAGGACAAAAACAUCAACUACCUCGGGGUCUUCACGGCUCUUGGAUUCAUACAAACGUUUUUCGUCAUUGCCUACUCUGUGGUGCUACAAAUCCGCCAUGUCCACGCCUCCCGCAAGUUGCACUUUGAACUCUUAGACAGUGUGAUGCACGCCCCCAUGAGCUUCUUCGACACCACGCCCAUGGGGAGGCUGCUCAACCGGUUCAGUCAGGACGUGGAGAGGCUGGACAACGACAUCUGUGUGGAGAUUGAGAUUGUUCUGGACUUUGCCAUGCAGUGUUUGGGCAUCUUCGUCAUCAUAAGCUACACCAUACCCAUCAUGCUUGCUUUCAUUGUGCCAAUAUCCAUCCUGUUGUAUUUGUUACAGCAAUUCUACAUCCGCACGUCGUGCCAGCUCCGGCGUAUCGAGUCCAACAACCGGUCCCCGGUGUACGCCCAUUUCAGCGAGACCCUGUCUGGCGUGAGCGUCAUCAGGGCAUACCAGGCACAAGACCGGUUCAUCGCCGACUCCGAGGCCAAAAUUGACGGCUUUCAGAAAGCCGUGUCUGCGUUUAACGCUGUGAACAAAUGGAUCCAGUGUCGCUUGGAGGUUCUGGGUUUUUUAAUCCUGUUGGCUGCCUGUGUGUUUGCAGUCCAGGCCAGAGAUUCUCUGUCUCCUGGUCUGGUUGGACUAGCCAUUACAUACGCCAUGCGGGUAUCUGUGAAAUUCAUAUUUGGCACUCGAAUAUUCGGAGAUUUAGAAACUCACAUCGUGUCUGUGGAGAGGAUGAGGGAGUACUCAGAGCUGCAAAGUGAGGCCCCAUGGACCGCAGAGACGGACGCGACAAGGGUGACAGAGGAGUGGCCAGCAACAGGCCGCGUGGAAUUCGUGGACUACAGCACUCGCUACAGAGAAGGCCUGGACUUGGUGCUCAAAAAUCUCACCUGCUCGAUCAACGGGGGAGAAAAAGUUGGGAUCGUGGGCCGCACGGGAGCGGGCAAGUCGUCCAUGGUUCUCUCCUUGUUCAGACUGAUCGAGUCGGUCAGUGGGAAGAUCAUCAUAGACGGGGUGGACAUUGGCAAGCUGGGACUACAUACCCUGAGGCGACACAUCACUAUACUGCCACAGGACCCUGUCCUCUUCGCUGGCAGCCUCCGCAUGAACCUUGACCCCUUCAACGAGUCAACUGACGCGGGGCUGUGGACCGCCCUGGAGCACUCUCACCUCAAGAAGUUUGUCGAGAGCCUUCCACAACAGCUGGACCACGAAGUCGGGGAGGGAGGUGAAAAUUUGAGCAUGGGGCAGCGUCAGCUCAUUUGUCUGGCGAGAACGUUGCUGAGGAAGACUAAGAUCCUGAUCCUGGAUGAAGCCACAGCAGCCGUGGACAUUGAGACUGACGAGUUGAUUCAGAAGACCAUCAGAGAGGAGUUUAGCGGAUGUACCAUACUGACCAUUGCACAUCGUCUAAACACUGUUAUGGAUUACGACAGAAUUCUUGUGCUAGAAAAGGGCAGUCGACUGGAGUUUGAUUCACCAAAUAAUUUACUCUCCAACCACCAGUCAGCAUUUUAUUCUAUGGCGAAACAAGCAGGACUCGUCUGACAGCCAGCUCUUCCUUCAGGAAAUUAAAUACAUAUAUAAUAUUAUGUAAAGAAAUCCCUUUUUGCUACACUUUGAUGUCAUGAAAUGAAUUGUUAAAAAUGGAAUUUUGCAGGUCAUACUCUUCUUAUUCUUAUGGUUCAACUGUUAUUGGGAACAGGAAUUUCCUCAUACCCGAAAGUGUAAAAUAAUCCUGUGAAAUAGGUUAUACAGUUUAUUUACAGUCCCAUCCUCACGUCGAAAAGAUGUGACAAAGAAAGAUCUGCUGCCUUGGGAAAGCAAAAAAGUCCGUUUUUGGACAAGUUUCGUUUAAAAAAACAACAAACAAGUAAAAUUCUGAAACUGGAACAAUCCAAUAAUAAGAAACGACUAAAGCAUCUUCGCGUGUACGUGUGUAUCUUAGAAUAAAUAAACUAUUAGGAAAAUGGCCAUGUGCAAGAUUUCAGGUUGCUUUGCCAGCUGCAAAAUUCCUCAACAGUUUGCUGUGCCAGAAAUGGUUUCAUUGGUCAUAACCAAAGCCACAAGUCGUCUUGACAUUUAAGUCUUCUGUUUCGCUUAAGGCGUAAGAAAUAAUCUCCUCUGUGGGUGCAUUGGUCAUCGUCAGAUAAUAUUAAUAACGAACUAUAAACUAUUAUCUAAGUUGUCAGAUCAUUGAAGUCGGACAGUCGUAAUGAAAUGCGAAAAAGUUAAAGUUCUACCAAUGUAACCAUGAAGGCCCCCUACUUGUAUUUCUUUGACGUCAUGCAUGUGAAAGCAGAAGAAUGAACUUUAGUUUAAAAGCUAGUAAGUUUUACGGCACUUGCAACACCAUAAAGUCGUAUAAGUGCAGGAGAUUAGAGGUGUUACAAGAGAGUGACAAAAAAAAAGGAGAGAUCAGGACAAUAGUUGUUUGAUUUUGAUGGGAAAGAAGGAGCAAACUACAGAAUAUCCCCCAACUAUCGGCGUGAACUGACCUCGUGGAUCGUAGAUUGGUGAUCCCUGCACUUCUAAACAGCACAAUGGAGAUGGACUAAACAUUUGGAAAUAGUCCUUUACAAUACAUGUCAGCCUUUUUAAUAUGUUUAGUCCAUCUCCAUUGUGCUGUUUAGAAGUGCAGAGAUCAGCAAUCUACAACCAGCGAGGUCAGUUCAUUCGGAUGGUUGAUGGAAACUCUGGUGUAGUUUGCUCCUUCUUUUGCUCCCAAAAGUUUCAGCCAGCGUCAGUGGUGUGACUUGUAACACCAACUGUUUGGUGCUUUACCGUCGCACACUAUGACACAGGUGAUGCGAGUCUGGUUCCCAGGUGGGGAGAAUUUUUAUCCAUCUGUCUACUGGGACGAUGUACAUGUAUCCCUCUCAGAAUGGAUCGAAGCCUACCUCCUAAAUGAUCUAGUUUGCCAUGGCAGUGGAGGCGUAGAACUCGUACAAUUACAUAGGUGUAUAGUAUUGCUAUAGUUUGUUUUUUUCUGGACCGGCUCGUCCCAGUGAAGGAUUUUCAUUUCAAUGGGUUUUUUAAAAUAUAUAAUAUAAUUUAAGAAAAGAAACAGAAACAUGUUCAUUCCAUAAAACUUGUUUCUUUGAAGAAUAAAGUAUUGUAAAGAAAGA